UUCUGAUAAUCCUUCAUGCGGAUUCCCGGUUCUGAAGAUUGGAAACGCAUUGAACAUGGAUUUAGAACUAAAUGGAACUUUCCAGGUUGUGUCGGAGCGUUGGAUGGCAAACAUAUAAAUAUAUUCGCCCCUGAUGAUACUUCUGACUACUAUAACUACAAGGGCGCUCAUAGCAUCAUACUUCUGGCAUUAGUUGAUGAUGACUAUUGUUUUUCAUACGUAAAUGUUGGGACUAAUGGUAGAGCUUCUGAUGGAGGUGUUUAUCAAAAAUCUAAUUUAGCACAAGCUUUGGAAAAUAAUUCUCUCAAUUUUCCGGACCAAUCAGUUAUUGUGGCAGACGCUGCUUUUCCUCUAAAGUCAUACCUUAUGAAGCCCUAUCGAACAACUCCAACGCGUAAAGAAAAAAUAUUUAACUACCGUUUAUCGAGAGCCAGACGAAUCGUUGAAAAUGCGUUUGGUAUUUUAGUGACACGAUUUCGAGUUUUUAUGGAUGCCAUAGAUAUGGCCCCCAAAAAUGUCGAUAGAAUUACAUUAGCUGCCUGCUCUUUACACAAUUGGCUUCGGAAAACAUCUGAUAUGUACAUCACGCAAAGAUGCGUCGACUUUGAAGAUACACAACAACGUGUUGUGGUACCAGGAUCAUGGAGGGCACAACUACGGACUGCUUUGGAAGGCUUACCACCUACACGCUACGCUAACCACGCUUCUCGACAGGCAGGAGCGAUAAGAGACACCUAUGCGCAGCUCUUUGAAACUACAGAGGCGGUACCGUGGCAAGGUCAUAUGAUUUAAAUUAAUAACUACAUAGAAAAUGCUGUACUACUUAUUCUAUGAUAUUAAAUAAUUGUGUGUUACUAACA